AUGGCUUCGAAACAAGAGGAGAGUAACCCGCAAGACAGCGGUCCCAGUCAACCUCAACGCUCCAUAAGAGCUCCAUGGAGGAGGUUCCUGGGAGUGUCAAUGCGGAGCGAGUCUGAAUCUGAAGAGGAUCUCAAAUGGAGUAAUCGCUCCAAAUGGACGCUGGGCAUCCUGAGUGACAAGGAGACAGACGAGGUUCCCGGAACCGUGCUUCUCCUUGCUUCUAACAGGAAUCAACCUCUGGGGUUGAAGCACCAGCCAGCCCGCACAUCUGCCUCGUCCUUGCCCUCGCCUUAUCCGCCGUCGCGGUCGUCCUCUCGGUCGGUAGUUCCCAAGAAGAGAACACCGGAUGGCCGGAUUGUGCUGGAGCCCCAGCCGGAUGACUCCCUGAACGACCCCCUCAACUGGCCGAAGUGGCGACGAGAUGCCGCCCUGCUGUCGCUCGGCUUCUACUGUAUGAUGGGAGGAGGGAUGACCCCGGUUCUGGCGGCAGGCUUCGGGCAAGUGGCCCAGGACUAUGCCGUGACAACCCAGCAGGUCGCAUACACUACAGGCCUGUACAUGAUGGGCUUGGGCCUGGGCUCCGUGAUCAUGGCUCCGACCGCCAUUCUAUGGGGGAAACGCCCGAUCUAUCUUCUCGGGGCUACACUGUUCAUUUUGUCAGCGGUCUGGUGUGCCCUUUCACCGAACUACCCCAGUUUGGUGGUGGCACGCAUCUUCCAGGGUCUCGCUGUGAGCCCGGUGGAGUGUCUGCCAUCCGCAACUAUCGCUGAGAUCUUCUUCCUGCAUGAACGUGCGUAUCGCGUUGGGAUCUACACCCUCCUGCUUCUUGGUGGGAAGAACCUGGUGCCGUUGGUCAGUGCGGCCAUCAUUGAGAGCCGUGGAUGGCGCUGGGUCUUCUGGGUGGUUGCCAUGAUCGUUGGAGGCUGUCUGCUGUUGCUGUUCUUUUUUGUCCCCGAGACAUUCUGGGAUCGAACGCCUCGACCGCGGGAUCGAUCAAAGCGGCCGAAAGUGUAUCGAAGCGUGUCGGAUUUGGUCCACCACGGCUUUCGGGGCCGGCAUCCCGAACCUCGACCCGCAGGGGAAAAGGCCACUCUGUCCCGGAGCCCGUCCGCGGCGAAGAGGAAGAAGGACGCUCAUGUGGGAUUUGUGGAUAGCGAAGUGAACGAGAAACAGGAAGAGAUGAAGGUUGAUCAAUCUGGUGAGAUGCCGAUUGGUGAGCGUCCUGGAGAUGGAACCAACGUCGGCGAUGCGAAUGCACCUUCGUCUCCGGCACUGCCCAGUCCAGCUCCAGUUUCCCAAGGUCACGCUGCAGCCGGUUCUGACGCAGUCAGCCCGGCACCUGAUCUUGAAGCUGCGCGGCCGGUAUCGUUGUCUCCGCUGCGCAGUGAUUCGGAGGAUCAUGUUGUGACCAUGAACCCCUCCGCGCUGUACACCCACAGGCUUCGUGAACGGCCUCCUGUCCCCUAUAUCCAUACACUCCGGCCGUGGAAUGGUCGGCUGGCACAAGACAAGUGGUUGCGGGUGGCCGUGCGGCCCUUCAUCCUGUUUACGUACCCGGCCGUCCUGUGGUCAGCGCUGGUGUACUCCUUGUCUGUCGGGUGGCUGAUCGUGCUGUCGGAAUCGGUGGCUCACAUCUACCAAGGACGCAAACACAUACAACUUC